CUCCUGUUUCCGCCGGGCGGCGAGAACGCAGGACCAGCUUCCGGGAGGCGCUCCGCACGUUCGCCGUGCUCCGCCGGGAAGAUGGGGAAAGUGAGGGGGUUGCGCGCCCGAGUGCACCAGGCUGCCGUGAGGCCGAAAGGGGAGGCCGCCCCCGGCCCCGCGCCCCCUGCCCCGGAGGCGACCCCUCCGCCGGCCUCGGCCGCGGGGAAGGACUGGGCGUUCAUCAACACCAACAUCUUUGCCAGGACCAAGAUAGACCCCAGCGCCUUGGUGCAGAAGCUGGAGCUGGACGUGAGGAGCGUCACUUCCGUCAGGAGAGGUGAGGCAGGCUCGAGUGCACGGAGCGUCCCUUCCGUCAGGAGAGGUGCAGAGGCCAAGACCGUUUUGCCCAAGAAGGAGAAAAUGAAGCUGAGGCGUGAGCAGUGGUUGCAGAAAAUCGAAGCCAUAAAACUGGCUGAGCAGAAGCACAGGGAGGAGCGGAGGCGGAGGGCCACGGUGGUGGUGGGGGACCUGCACCCUCUCAGGGAUGCCCUGCCCGAGCUGCUGGGGCUCGAGGCUGGCAGCCGGCGCCAGGCCCGCAGGGAGAGCAACAAGCCCCGGCCCUCAGAGCUCAGCCGGAUGAGCGCAGCCCAGAGACAGCAGCUUCUCGAGGAAGAAAGGACCCGGUUUCAGGAGCUGCUGGCCAGUCCGGCCUACAGAGCCAGCCCCCUGGUGGCCAUCGGGCAGACGUUGGCCCGGCAGAUGCAGCUGGAAGAUGGCGGCCAGCUCUGACCAGGGCAGCGGGCAUGCCACAACUCCUCAGGACACAUGUGGGCCAAGUAGAGAGCGCCGGCCCCUCAAGGACCAUGGCCUGAGCCUGGUGGACGCCCUUCCCUCUGGUCGGUUGUGGGGCUCAAUAAAUGGCUCUGUGAACUUC